AUGAAGGACAGCUUCGGCGAUGUAGUCUCGAAAACGACUUCGGAUUUUGCCGCCCAGAACGAUAUCAACCUUUUAGUCACACUCGAAAGAAUUGGUGCUAUCUUAUCAUUGUUGGGGGUUAGUUUGAUAUUUGUGACCUACUGGGCCUUUAAACGCAUGCGAUCGCUUCAUAAUCUCUUUGUCCUCCUCGCUUCUAUCGCCAAUGUCGGUGCAAGUAUCGCCUGUGCUAUAGGCUAUGGUGGGCUCCAUAUCGGUGCGGAUUCAGGGUUAUGUCAGACGCAGGCCUUCUUGCUACAAGUGUUCAUGCAGUCCGACCCUUGGUGGUCCUUCGCUAUGGCUGUCAACGCUUUUCUCAUCUUUUUCGACGGCGCCAAUCCGUCUUCAUUUCGACGAUACCUCUGGGUCUAUUGUGCUAUAUGUUUCGGGGGACCCUUGAUUCUCGGCAUCUGCUUGCUUGUGAUAAAGCCGGACGGAGCAGGUGCUUCAAUUUAUGGCGAUGCUGCGUUGUGGUGCUGGAUCACAACCAAAUGGGGUGUUCUUCGCAUUUACACAUUCUACGUACCUACGUGGUGCUGCAUCUUCGGCUCAGCCGUUGUGUAUUUUAUCGUCGGGUACCACGUGUUCCAUCAGCGGGAUCAACUGAGGAAUCUCAUCUUGAGCAAUCCAAGUAAUGAUUCCAGGAACGCCUCGUGGUUGGGUAAAGAUUACUCUGCAGCAAAGGAGUCUCACUCGUCGUGGACACCCAUGUCUGAAGAUUGGUCUCUUCCCGAUACCCAACAGAGCCUCACUGGUCGCACCGAAAACUGUGGAGACACAGCGAUUGAUAUACAGGCUACUACUGUCUCACCAAAGCCUUGGGUGCCUCAGAUGCCCUGCUCUGCCAUGACAAACGAUUUUGUGAACCCUACAGCCCGAGACCAGGAUCCAAAGCAUCUGAGUGAUGAGCAGGCUGCUUUGCAGGGCAGCCCACUACUCAAAACAACCUACUAUUCUAGUCCACCAUCGUUGGAGCCCCAACUUUCCAUCCUUCCGCGCGUAGGUUCCGUCAACGAAAAGAUUUCGUCACGAUUAAAAAGUUUCGAUCCCAUCAAGCUCGCCUAUCUCCGAACCUGUUGUUUGUUUGCUGUUUCCGUACUCUUUACAUGGACUCCAAGUUCAAUCAACAUAAUCUACGAACUUGUCAAUCCAAACAAUGUCAGUUUCGGUUUGAAUGUUGCUUGCGCCGUGGUGCUGCCGCUUCAAGGGGUGUGGAAUGCGGUGAUCUUCUUCAUGACUAGUUGUUCAACUUUCAGAGAAGAAUGGACAGAAAUGCGGCAUUUCCGCCAGACGCGCCACCUCGACAGUCAUGGUGAUCAACCUAGACGGGCGAGAUUCGGCAUGUUUAGAGGUGCCCAGGAACAUCGCUUGAGUUGGGGUGGAUAUCGAUUCAACAAAAGAUUCAACAGAAGCCAGACACGCGACUUCGAAACGGCGACCUCCUCACUAGGUGGAGAUAUACGCGUGAUGCAAGGAUUUCUAGUAUAG